UUGUACAGUGAGUUGUUGCUGUGGUUUCGCCAUAUCUAGAGGUAUCAAAGGUAAAUUUAAAGGUUUCAUUAUUGGAAUGUACGCCUGCUUUCAUUUGAGGGAAGAACAUGUUUAAUUAGUACCAUUAUCAGCAAAUUGACCUUAGCUAUUUGCCAUUUUUUUUCCACGCAUUUGGCUGUGGAACACCAAAUGCUUCAAGAACAAAGUUUGUGGAGAAAAUGGUGAAUAGUGCCUCUUGUUCAAGAAAAUGAAAGAAACCAAGCAUUCUAAAAAUUUUCCCAACUUUGAAAUGGAUCCUAGCUGAGCUGUUUAGUGAUCCACAUUUCUUUUUCUUGACACUGACAUGUUUCCUUCAAGUCGUGAGACUGAUCAAGUUUAUGAUUUUGAUAGUGAAGAAAAUUCAGGAAAAUGGAAAUGUUUGCUUGUAAAUGCUUUGUCAAAGGUCCAAUUUCAAGUGCAUCCAUCUUUAAAAGCUAAAGAUGAUGCUUUAAGAUAUAUUGAAACAUUGAUUCUUCGUCUUCUUGGAAUGCUGUGUGCAGCACAACCUCAUACUGUUCAAGAUGUGGAAGAACGAGUUCAAAAAACUUUUCCCCAUCCUAUUGAUAAAUGGGCCAUUGGUGAUGCUCAGAAUGCUAUUGAAAAGGGGAAGAAAAAGUCUCCACUUGUUCUUCCAGUUGAAAAAAUACACCCUCUUUUACAAAAGGAAAUACUUGGCUAUAAAGUUGAUCUCCAGGUGACGCAGUACAUUGUUGCAGUUCUAGAGUAUAUAUCAGCUGAUAUAUUAAAGUUGGCUGGAAAUUAUGUAAAAAAUAUUCGCCAUGUGGAAAUUACUUGUCAAGAUAUUAAAGUUGCUAUGUGUGCUGAUAAGGUCCUCAUGGACAUGUUUUACCAAGAUGAAGACGUAGCAUUGAGCAUAGAAGAAGAACCCACUAGACGAACUUCUUUAACUUAUGAUGAAGUUGUAAAAGAUCUUAUACAUGAAGAAAAACAAUACAUAAGAGACCUUAAUAUGAUAAUUAAAGUAUUCAGAGAACCCUUUGUUAAAAUCUUUCCUAAGAGCAAAGAUUUGGAUGCCAUAUUUAGCAAUAUUUUGGAAAUUUAUGAUUUUUCUGUCACUUUAUUGGGUACUUUUGAAGAUGCCCUUGAAAUGGCUGAAGAAAAUAGAAAUCCCUCUAUUGGAGCUUGUUAUGAAGAACUUGCAGAGUAUCAAGAAUUUGAUGUCUAUGACAAAUAUGCUCAUGAUAUAUUGAUGCCUGAAAGUAGAGAAAAAUUAAUGUCAUUACUUCAGUUGCCAAAUGUUCGUCAUUCCCUGCAAAGUGCUGGCCAUGGUUUCACACAAGCAGUAAAAUAUGUUCUUCCAAAAUUACUGUUAGGACCUGUAUUUCAUUGUUUCCAAUACUUUGAUUGCUUAAAGGUGCUAAAAAAGCUAACACCAUCAGCAGAAGAUCGUGAAAGUUUAGAACAAGCGGAAGGUGUUUUUCAACCAUUAAAAGCAGAGUUGGAGAGAUUGUGUGCUAACAUACUGCCCAAAAGGAAGCAAGGGGAAGCGUUUUCUAGGAUGUAUUACAGGACUAAUCGACAAGCAUCUAUUCAGAAAAUGAAUGAGUUACAAAGGAGUAUAGAUGGAUGGGAAGGAAAAGACAUAGGACAAUGUUGUAAUGAUUUUGUGAUGGAUGGCAUUUUAGGAAAAGUAGGAUCUGGUGGUCGUAGACUGACUGAAAGACAAGUUUUUCUCUUUGAUGGCUUGAUGAUUCUUUGUAAGCCAAACAACAAACGCUCCAGUGUUACUGGCCCUGUAGCAGAAUAUCGCCUUAAAGAAAAAUAUUAUCUUCGAAAAAUUGAAAUAAUUGAUAAAGAUGAUAGUGAAGAGUUAAAAAAUGCUUUUGAAAUCGCGCCAAGAGACCAGUUACACAUUAUCUUGUUUGCCAAAACUGCUGAGGAAAAAAGUAAUUGGAUGGCUAAUUUAAUCAUGCUGAAUACAAGAAGCAUGCUGGAAAGAACUUUAGAUAGCAUAUUAUUAGAUGAAGAAAAAAAGCAUCCUCUUAGACUGCCAGCUGAUGAUGAAUAUAGGUUUGCUGUGGAAGAUUCUGAAACAAACAUUAUUUUUGAAGAAAAUAAAUCUAAUAAUGGUGUUCCAAUCAUAAAAGGAGCAACACUAUUGAAACUUGUUGAAAGACUGACUUAUCACAUGUAUGCUGAUCCUAUGUUUGUGCGUACUUUUUUAACAACAUAUCGGUCUUUCUGCCAGCCAUCAGAUUUACUUGACCUAUUGAUUGAAAGGUUUGAAAUAACUGAACCACCUCCUCCUCCUGCCCUUUUGGAUGGUUCCUUGUGUGGAAUUGAAAUUGAAAAUUACAAAAACUCAUAUCGUGAAGACCUGAAGCGUUUUCGUAAAGAGUAUUGCCAGCCAGUUCAGUUUAGAGUUUUGAAUGUUCUACGGCAUUGGGUAGACCACCACUUCUAUGAUUUUGAGCGAGAUCCAAGUCUACUUUCUGCUCUCCGUACUUUUCUGGAAAAAGUGAAAGGCAAAAGUAUGAGGAAAUGGGUUGAAUCUAUCAACAAAGUGGUGUUAAGACGGUUGGAAUCUGUUGAAGAACCUCGAGAAAUAACGUUUGGCUUUGAAAAGAUACCACCACCUAUUGAAUGGUUCCUUAGUAAUACUUAUGAAAAGUUUGAUUUAUUAACUUUGCAUCCAAUAGAAAUAGCUCGGCAAUUAACACUACUGGAAUUUGAGUUGUAUCGAAGUGUGAAGCCCUCUGAAUUAGUUGGAAGUGUAUGGACAAAGAAAGACAAAAUGAAAACAUCUCCUAAUUUAUUAAAAAUGAUCCAUCAUUCUUCAAAUUUUAGUUUUUGGUUAAUGAAAUGCAUUGUUGAGACUGAAAAUUUUGAAGAACGUGUUGCUGUAGCUUCCAGAGUAUUAGAAAUUAUGAUGGUUUUACAAGAUUUGAAUAAUUUUACUGGUGUUUUAGAAGUAGUUGGUGCAAUGAAUUCGGCCUGUGUACAUCGCCUUGAACAUACAUUAAAUAAUGUUAAGUGUAGUUUAAAAAAGGCUUUGGAAGAUGCUCAAGAACUGAACUCGGAUCAUUUUAAGAAAUAUCAAGAAAAACUAAGAUCAAUCAACCCUCCAUGUGUUCCCUUUUUUGGUAUGUACUUAACAAAUAUUCUUCAUAUUGAGGAAGGUAAUCCAGAUUUUUUACCUAAUGUGGAAGGAUUAAUAAAUUUUAGCAAACGUCGCAAAGUUGCUGAAAUAACUGGUGAAAUACAACAGUAUCAAAAUCAACCUUAUUGUCUAACAGUUCAAAGUGAGAUUAAGAGGUACCUUGAAAAUUUAGAUCCUUUGGAAGGACGCACAGAGAAAGCUUUUAAUGAUUACUUGUACAAUAAAUCUCUUGAAAUAGAACCUCGUGGAUGCAAGCAACCUCCUAAAUUUCCUCGCAAAUGGCCUGAUUUGCCAUUAAAAUCUCCCGGUAUAAAGCCACGUUUGUCUCGUUCUGGUCACCAUCCAACAAGCUUGCCAUCUGAUUCUCGUAGUUUUAGUAUAAGUAGUCAACAAAAUAAUCAAGAUGAUGAUGAUGCUCAGUCUUGUGUUGUUACUCCUCCAAAUCCUUCAACACCUCUUACACCUCCCUUUUCAGCUGGUGGCAUGAAUAGUGAUCAUAGUGUGUUUGCUCCUGUUAUGAUUGGCACAGGAACUAUAGCUAUACCUGAAGCCCCGGGAAGUUAUCCAUCAAGCCCAUCUUUUGCAUCAAGUAAUAUUCCUCCUCCUCCACCUCCUCUUCCCAGCCCGCCUUCCUUGCCUCCUCCUCCUCUGCCCCCAAGACGGAAAAGAGAGUCAUCUGUUGGGGACACAUCUCCGCGUAGUAAACAAGCAACAGAUGCGCCCUUGUUGCCACCUCGAGAAACCAGUCCUCCACCAUUGCCACCACGAAGAGACUUAGGAGGAUGUUCUGGAACUCUGCCUCGAAUGCAUUCUGCUUCCAAUUUUCCUCCUAUACCCAGACCAUACAGCAGCAGUUGGUGUAACUCUUCGAGUGAAGUUACUUUGCCAAGAAGAAACUCUGCUUUGGACGUUGCCAACAUACCACAAAAUACGCCUAGACGCUUGUCACAGUCAUCAUUAAAUGAUGCUACUGUUCCUUCUACAAGCACUCCUUUUUCUCUAUCUCCUAUCCCGGUGGCUCAUCAUACAUCUGUUGGAGUGUUGGACAAUCCUAUUACAUUGUUGCCACCACCACAUUCUGGUAGAUCAACGCCACAGUUGCCUCCAAAGACUCAUAGGCAGACUCUUUUAAUGAAUAAUCAUGCUCCUAGGUAGCCUUUAAUUAAUUAUAGUUUCACAUUGUGCUAUAGUGUAUAUAUGAAAAAUUAUUUUUCCUAGAAUCAAAAUGAAGAUGAAAAAAUAAUGGGAAUUCCAUUUGUACAUAACACUUAUGUAUGUAUAUAGGCAUAUUUCAACAUCAUGAUUUUUUUAAGGCAGUAAUUUUGUUUAAAUGUUUGGUUCAAAGCCAGUACAGAAAAAAAAGUGAAAUUGCUCAAAGCAAAAUUCAGAUUCCUUUGUAAAUAUUUAGAAGUGCAUAAUGUAUUAUAAUUUUCAUUAAAGAUGCUGAUUAAUAUAAAAAAGCACAGUACCAGUGAUGAAUAAACUUCGUUAUUGAAUAAAAAGUGAUCCUUGUUGUA